CAAUGCUCGGCUUCCUCCACCUCACAACCAUAAGGCCCGGUGCCAUUGACCUGCAACGCUCGCCAUGUCUGCUCUACGGAUCCUGGUACCCGUCAAGAGGGUCAUUGACUACGCGGUCAAGCCGCGAGUCAACAAGGCCCAGACGGCGGUUGAGACGGCCGGCGUCAAGCACUCCAUGAACCCGUUUGACGAGCUCUCCGUAGAGGAGUCGGUGCGCAUCCGCGAAAAGAAGCGCGCUCCAGGCGGCGUCGACGACAUCUGCGCCAUCUCCGCCGGGCCCGCCAAGGCACAGGACAUUCUGCGCACGGCCAUGGCCAUGGGCGCGGACCGGGGGAUUCAUGUUGAAGUCAAAGAGGGGGACGAUCUGGAGCCGCUGACGGUGGCCAAGAUGCUCAAGGCGGCGGCGGAGCAGCAGAAGAGCAACCUUAUCAUCCUGGGCAAGCAGAGCAUCGACGACGACUCGGCGCAGACGGGCCAGAUGCUGGCGGGCCUCCUGGGCUGGUCGCAGGCGACACAGGCGAGCAAGGUCGAAUUCGGCGAGGGCGAUAGCGUAACCGUGACCAAGGAGGUGGACGGUGGCGUCGAGACGGUGCGCGCCAAGCUGCCGCUCGUGGUGACGACGGAUCUGCGCCUCAAUGAGCCGCGCUACGCAAGCUUGCCCAACAUCAUGAAGGCGAAGAAGAAGAAGCUGGACAAGGUCACACUCAAGGACUUUGGGCUCGAGAACGAGAAGCGCCUCAAGGUGCUCAAGGUCACGGAACCGCCGGCGAGGCAGGGCGGUGGCAAGGUCGAAGACGUGGAUGGUCUGGUCAGCAAGCUCAAGGAGCUGGGCGCUCUGUAGAUGGACAGGACGCGCGCAACCGAGAUGGAGGCCCAUAGAUGUACGCUCACGGCACAUGACAGCACAAUACAACGCAAUAAAUACCACA